UUGCUGGAUGAGAUGCUGGACAAUGGCUUCCCACUGGCUGUGGAGUCCAACGUCCUGAAGGAGCUGAUCAAGCCUCCAAACUUCCUGAGGUCAAUCGCUGACACAGUCACUGGCAAGUCUACAAGUGUUGGAGCAACGCUGCCAACUGGCCAGCUUUCAAACAUUCCCUGGCGCCGGACCGGCGUCAAGUACACUAACAAUGAGGCUUACUUUGAUGUCAUCGAGGAAAUUGAUGCAAUCAUCGAUAAGUCUGGCUCCACAGUCAUCGCAGAGAUUCAAGGCUAUAUUGACUGCCUAAUCAAACUCAGUGGUAUGCCAGACCUGACUUUGUCCUUCGUCAACCCCAGGCUGCUGGACGAUGUCAGUUUCCACCCGUGUGUUCGGUUUAAGAGAUGGGAGUCUGAAAAGAUCCUGUCAUUUGUACCACCAGAUGGUCAUUUCCGAAUGAUGUCUUACCACAUCGGGUCAAACAA